CAAUUUUAUGAGAAACAAUUCAAACAUCUGAAGCAAAAAUCUAGACAGUUUAGAGAUAUGCAUACACUGAUAUAUAAAAACGGCUAUAGCCAUAGUAUGUCACCCUCACCCUUAGUUGGUUGCUUGCUUUUCAUUUAGUGCAGAGCUUAUGUCAGAAUGCACUAGCUGCAUUUAGAGUUUCAAGUAAUCCUGGAAAAAGUGUCAAGACACAGAAAAUCUGUCAAUGUGCUAAAUGACACCCAUACGUUUCUGUUUACAGCUGGACUUGGAAGGUUUCUUUUCAGUUAUACAGUUAUACAGCUGGCACAGAUGCUUCAGUUAUUGUCCGUAAGGAUUUGUAGAGUUGCAAAACAGCAUCUAUUAAAGCAGUGAAAAUACAGCACUCGGUACGAUAAAACACGCUUCUACCAAUUAAAUUGGGUUACAUGUAGCCAGUGGAAACAUUUGAUGUUUUCUGGAGCGUUUAAGGUGGGAAGAGAAAAUUUCCCUAAGAAGGUCAUAAUAAGGACAGUUGCUGCAACUCUGAAGCAAAGGAGUUAAAUAACCAGUUGCUCUGAAGAUACUUGUUGAUGCUUAAGCCAGCCAGGAAUGAUCGGUCUGUCUUACUUCCUCUAGAAAUGCUCACUUUAAACUGCGUAUUUCUUUUUGUCAGAAAAAGCACAUAACAAAAUCAUCAACGUUCCGGAACAAUAUGUUCAUCGUUUUCUGAGUGCAGUAGAAUUAAUGAGUGACAAGGUAAACAUGGACAAUUUCACCUCUCAGAGCUCUGGAUAUGAAGGCAGCAUAGUAGAAAGAAACUUAACUGAUUUCACCAACGUAACACACAAUGGAACAGAUAUUGGAUUAAAUCCAUCCAAUGUUGGCAGCAUCAUUAUAACUGUUACAUAUUUACUGGUGUGUGCUGUUGGUCUGUGUGGCAACACACUGGUGAUCUAUGUAGUUUUGCGUUAUGCCAAGAUGAAGACUGUCACCAAUAUUUACAUUAUGAAUUUGGCUAUAGCAGAUGAACUUUUCAUGCUUGGUUUGCCUUUUUUGGCCACACAAAAUGCUGUGUCUUACUGGCCUUUUGGCUCCUUCUUGUGUAAAUUUGUUACAACAGUAGAUGGAAUAAACCAAUUCACAAGCAUUUUCUGCCUGACUGUAAUGAGUAUUGAUCGCUACCUUGCUGUUGUUCAUCCAAUUAAAUCCACCAAAUGGCGUAAACCACAGGUUGCUAAAAUCAUUAAUGGCAGUGUUUGGACUCUUUCUUUCCUAGUUGUACUUCCCAUGAUAAUCUUUGCAGAUGUCCAAGACAGUUUGCACGCCUGUAACAUAAACUGGCCAGAACCAGUUAAAAUUUGGUCAACUGGAUUUAUAAUUUAUACUUCUGUUGUUGGAUUUUUUGCACCAUUGCUAGUGAUUUGUUUGUGUUACCUUUUAAUUGUUAUUAAAGUCAAAUCAUCUGGUUUGCGUGUUGGAUCAACCAAACGUAGAAAGUCUGAGAAAAAGGUCACUCGAAUGGUUGUCAUUAUUGUUGUUGUGUUUGUUUUUUGCUGGCUUCCAUUUUAUGUUUCAAAUGUUGUAAACUUAAUUGUUAUUAUACCAGAAGAACCUCCUUUUCAAGGACUAUUUUUCUUUGUUGUUGCACUUUCCUAUGCUAACAGCUGUGCCAAUCCAAUACUCUAUGGAUUUCUGUCAAAUAAUUUCAAACAAAGUUUUCGAAAGGUUUUGUGCUACCACAAAAGAAAUGGUGUUGAGGAUGGAGACCCAACUGAACAGAGACAAGAAAAAACACGUCUGCAGGAAACAUUUCUGUCUCAGAGAAAUACUGAAUUUAAUGGACAUAUGCAGACUAGUACUGUAUGAUACAAAGAAAUGAAAACAUAAAAAGGAAAUGGCUGUCAGCUUUCUGUGGAAAUGAAAAAAGUAAAGCAUCGUACAAUACAGCAUAUAAUUUAUCAUGUACCACAGUAUUAAUACACUAUAUUAAUGAUUAUAUAUCACAACUGCAGUAUUUGUGUCCAACAGAACAGUCAGUGAAAAAGCCUUGUUGUAGAUUUACAUGUCCUUUUAAAGAAAAUGCUUCAGUGGAUUAUGUUUCCCCUCAAAACAGCUAAUGCUUUAAUAAAUGUACAUGUUAGCAUGCAGUUCCUAUGACAGUGUAUGUUUGAGGCCAGUAGGUUCAUUUAAUUUGAUAACUUCAGCAGUUCAGCUGUUCAUUUGUGAAUACGCAUUCCAGCAAAUGUAAAACAGAUUGUGAAGCUAAUAUUUCAUGCAAUAUCUACAGUGUCAAGAAUUAUUGCACAUAAUUCAUAACAGGCAGUAGUGCAAGUUUUUCGGAAUCAGAGUUACUGAAAUAAUUAUGUAACACAGCAUUCUGAAUUGGAUUGCUUUGGAAAUUAUUGGGUUACUUUUUCUAGUUUGCAUAGGAUGUAAUACCUUUCUUCUAAUACCUGCAUAAUUCACAUGAAUAAAGUAAGGUUUAAUGCAAAGAGCAUACAAUACUUCAAUCAACUGAGAAAAAGUAAAAACAAAGAAGUCAGAAUCAACUCCCAGAGUAGUAAACUGCUGAACUACUGUAAAAUGCAAAAUAUUAUAUUUUUGUUUCUUUAGUCUGAUGGCAUAAACAAUUUCAUUAAGUUUUUAGAUGAAGAAUAAAGUAUCAGUUUGCAUAGUG